AUGUCUGAUGGAAAGCAGCAAUCGAAGACCAGCUUCCAUUUCGUCGCCGGCCUCGGAUCGGGAUGUGCAAGCGCUGCUAUACUCCAGCCCGCUGAUCUUCUCAAGACCAGAGUGCAGCAGUCUCAAGCGGGCUCCCUCCGCCACGCUCUGCGCAAUGUACUCGAUGGCCCUGACCCCAUUCGCUCGCUCUGGCGAGGCACGACUCCAUCGGUGAUCCGGACUGGAUUUGGGAGUGCAUUAUACUUUGGCAUGCUGAAUCAUAUGAGAGAAUAUGUGUCUCGAAUGCCCUCGAUACCGGUACCUGGACUUCCUCGUGGCAGCGUCGGAGAAGGCAGCAGCAGAAGCUCAUCAGUUUUGCCCAAAAUCAGCAAUGUGGGCAAUCUCGCGACGGGGGCUGCGGCCAGAGUCGCAGCAGGCUUCAUCAUGAACCCCGUCACCGUCUUGAAGGUCCGAUACGAGAGCACUCAUUACUCGUACACGUCCAUGGCGGGCGCAGCGCGAGAUAUCAUCAAGACGGAAGGCGCCCGCGGUUUCUUUGCAGGAUUUGGUGCCACUGCGGUUCGUGACGCGCCCUAUGCCGGACUCUAUGUGCUGCUCUACGAACAAUCGAAAGCGCAGCUCGCAGGUCUGUCCCAAUUGGUCCCGGGACCGGAUGGCCAGCCGGGAGUGCGAAGCAUGAGAAGCAAUGCCACCAUCAAUUUCAUGAGUGGCGUCGUUGCGGCCACGGCUGCCACGACCCUGACCAAUCCCUUUGAUGCGAUCAAGACUCGCCUCCAAAUUGCGCCUCAAAAGUACAGAAAUAUGGUGCAGGCUGCCCGAAUGAUGUUGGCGGAGGAGGGUGUGAAGAGUAUGUUCUAUGGGCUGAGCCUGAGGAUAGGGAGAAAGGCGAUCAGUUCAGCAUUGACAUGGACGGUAUAUGAGGAAUUGAUACGACGAGCGGAACGCGUGGUCGAGGAUCGUCGCCACUGA